AUGGAAAUUGAUCACUACAAAAUACUUGAAGUGGAUCGCAACGCGAGCCCGGAUGAGUUGAGGACAUCAUACAAGAGCUUGGUCAUGGUUUGGCACCCGGACAAACACUUGCAGGAGAAAACUCGAGCCGAGGCCGAGACCAAGUUCAAGAAAAUCAACGAGGCCUACCAGAUUCUGAACGACCCUGAGAAGCGACAGAAGUACGAUCGUCACCAUGCAAAUAUAGCCAACUCCAAGAGGACGGAGUCUUCAUUCUGGUUGCCUCCUCGUGAGGAUAAUAAUGCUUUUGCCACGAUGUUUGGAUCUGGUGGUUGGAAGAGGCCAGAUUCAACAGUCUCAACAGUAUAUAGUCCAUUGAUUUGUAGCUUGGAGGAGCUUUAUCAGGGUACGACAAAGAAGAUGAAGCUGACGAGAGCCGUAACAAAUGGCUCGGGGGAGGAGACUACGGUGGGGGAGAUUUUGCAGGUAAACAUAAAACCUGGUUACAGGGCCGGCACCAAGAUGACCUACAACGGUGGAGAUCUUGGUUUUGUCAUCCAAGAGAAACAACAUUCCGUUUACGAGAGGGAUAGGAAUGAUCUCAUAGUCCACCAAGAGAUAACAUUGUUGGAGGCACUCAUCGGCGGUAAGACUCUUGAUCUGACCACCCUAGAUGGAAGGAAGCUCGUGGUGCCGUUACCCGAUGAUGUCAUUAGAGCUCCUGGGGAUGAGAUGAUUGUACCAGGUGAGGGAAUGCCAAUCUCAAGCCAACCUGGGGCGAAAGGAAACUUGAGGAUCAAGUUCAAUGUCAAGUUUCCUUCGAGCAGCUUCACUGCAGAACAGAAGUUGGAUUUGAAAAAAGGCUUCGAAGGAGUUUCGUUCUGA